GGCGUGACUAUGAAGUUUGGUUUGGCGGCCAUGUUUUUUUCGACCGCAGUCAGUAACACAACAUUAGGGAAAAGAUGACUAAGACUGGAAAGCCAGAUAGUUACUGGAGGGACAUCUGCUCCAAAUAUGCUCAGGGCCAAUACCACUUUUCAACUGGCAAACGCCCAGGCUCUAAGAAGUGGAAAAAGGCCUUGGAGAACAUUGAUGCUUGCCCCCUGCAGAGCCAUACAAAGGAUCUGUUUGGCAGAAGUCUACAGUGCACCUGUGGGUUCCAUAAGGUCACCAAGAAGCUAGCAGGGGAAAUAGGGGGUAGUGCGACGUGGAUGACAAACAUUGGGAACGAGUUUGGCCAAGUACUGAAUUCAGUUCUGACAACGGGUGAAGGUGCAGGGCUGGAAGAGUUGUGUCAAGGCAUUGUCACACGAUACAAGAAUGCAGGGAAAGCUGAACCUGAGGUCAUCUAUGUCGACCGGGACUGCUGCAACCAGUCAGGUGUGUCCUCAGUUACCAAACUCUUCCAUCCAUGGAGGUCUGCUGUGCGCUUGGACAGUUUCCACUUCAUGAGGCGCUUCAACUGUGGUCUCACGACAGAGCACCACCCUCUAUAUGGCACUUUUUGUGCCAAACUGUCAGCCUGUGUUUUUGAAUGGGAUCAGGGGGAUGUGCAGUGCCUGAAAGAGGCAAAGAGAGAGGAGUGGAAAAGCAACCACAGUGGAUUUGCUCCCACUGAGGAGCAGAUUAUUCUCAAGAUGGGGGAACUGAGGAGACACUGCCGGAGGAGGACGCGUGGUGUGGAGGCGAUGCGCCAAAUGAUUUCGGGACUGCUGGAAUCCAUGUGGGAGCUGUCAGACACUACUGGGUUGCCUUUGGUGAGCCAGGACAGCAUGCGCCAUGUUUGGGAGGUGCAGCAGAAGCACCUGGAGUGCCUCCAAGACCCUCCAGGUGUUCCACUCUACACUAAGGUGGGGACACUCCAAAAGGGUGGCAAAGAGUUGGACAUCCUUCGGUGUGCCAGGGGUUCCUCCUCCCUGGAGAGUUUCCACAGACACCAGUGUAGUUUCAUUCCAGGUACAUUUGCAUAACUUAAAGUUUAUGUAUUCAGUUUACAGUAAUCAUUGACUUGAAGUGAGUAUUAUGGUUCUUAGGCUGGCAGUGCAAUGCAUUACAUAUGCAGAUGUACAUGCUGGAGGGACUAUCAAGGUGGAACAUGAGACGGGCCAAGGAGGCAGUAUCUGUGGAGGGGGCCUCAACCCUUAGAAGCUUUGAUGUUCGACUGAUGUCCCACCUUAACAAUUUAAGCCAGCAGGUCCAUGGUCGUCCUCUAGUGACAGAGUUCACCCCACCAGGGAAACCUACAAAGGAGCGCAUAGCGGUGGAGUAUUUAUUGGCCCAGACCAACAGAGGGGACUUGCUUACUCCAUCACAUGAUGUCUCUGAAAUCCCCUCACAGGAGCUUGAGGAGGAGGACGAUGAGGCAGAUUGCACCAUACAUGUGUCUGAGCUGGUGGUUAGUGAUGAAAAUGACCAGUUGGCGGCGAGUGACUCUGAACCAGAAGUCCAAGUCACAGAGAACAGCCAAUGUGACUCCAGAGGAGCUGUGGGAUGGGAGACAGUUGAUGCCCUGGCAGCCUAUCUAGUUGGUCUUAACCGUACAAUAACCGCUUUGUCAGCCAAGGAGGAGGCAGACAUAGUCCAGCUGUACACAGCUCUCCAUGACAUGGACAAGGCACCAUCAAGGUAUUCCCGGAAGGCAAGGAAGAAGGCACGUGUGUCAGCAGGACCAUGGAGAGCUCCCAGGAAGCCGAGUACCUCUGCACCUGGACUACAAGCUGCAGAAAGACUAUACAUGACUCAUGGCCAGGCUGCCCAGGACCCUGAGGUAAACAGGGUCAGUGAGUGUGUUUGCCUCCGACUUGCCAAAGAGUUUGAGCAAGCACGCAACAGGCCAAAGGACACCAAGGGGAAAACCAUGCCCAUCCCUCAAUCCAUCGUCAGCAUCUACAGCCACAUCAGACAGCUCCUGGAGGACAGCAGGAUUGUCCUGGACAAGACAAACUUGGUUCUGGUGCCGAUUAACAACACCACUGUCUCUUCAUGGCUACUCAGGAGGGAUAAGAGGAGGAACAGGGAUAUGCUGCUACAAGGCACUAUACUUCCCAAGCAGCUCAAUCUGGCAAAGGAGCCUCUUCCUGCUGUGAACACACUUCCAGAUGCUCCUGUGCAACAAGCACGUGAGACAAUGACAUUUGAAGAGCCUGAAAACCAUGAGGGAGAAGCUUUCCCUCGCCAGAGAACUCUGGCAUCAAAUAAGCAGCCUGUGUGCUAUCCCAUUUUCCCCCAACGUCAGCAGUUUCAUCAGUGGCAGCAUCUGUCUCCUUAUCUAUAUGCUCCCUACAUGCAGCCUCCAUUUGCCUUUGCUCCUGCCGUGCAGUCAGCUCCUCCAGGUCCUGGUGGUCCUACAGUGCAGCCAGCUCCUCUAUGUCCUGAUGUUCCUCCAUGUCCUGGUGGUCCUACAGUGCAGCCAGCUCCUCUAUGUCCUGAUGUUCCUCCAGUGCAGAAAGCUCCUUCAGUGCGCCCUCCAUCUGAACCAAGGCAACGUGCUUGGAGGCUGAAAAAAGCUGCUCAAGAGGAUGAGGAGCUCAUGGCCAGGGGAGAACCUCCAAAAAAGAGACUUGUAAAGGACAAAUACCACUACACUUGCAAGCAGUGUGGGCAGGACAAAAAUAAAACAACUGGACACACCCAGCUGAAGGGACAAUGGUUCUGUCCAGCCUCAGGACAGACACUGGAGAACUGGAGAAAGACCUUACAAUAGCUCACAGUUUAUUGUUCUGCCAUUUUAUGUCUCUGUUUUUACUGUCUGUUUGACAGUUUGUGAAUUGCUUGUUGCAAUAAAGUUUUAAUAAUUUG